CCACAUGACAGGGGGGGAAGGAGGAAGUGGGGCGGCCCGCGGGGCUCCGCCGCCGCUGCUCCGGUAGUCGCGGGGGUCGGUCGGCGGCUGCUGGCGGGGAGAGUCCUUUCCCUAACGCGUGGGCCGACCGUCCUCGAGGGCGGGCUUGCACCCCGGUGCCGCCGCUGAAGGGAGGCGGGCAGAGAGAAGGGGAGCCCCCCGCCGGGCCGCGGCGCCUCGCCGGGGAAGUUUGGUGCGGGGCGGGAUCCCGCCGGCCGCGGUGGUGGCGCCGGGCAUGAACGGCUUCGCCCCCGAGGAGGUGACCCAGCGCGGGGCAGACCCGUCCGCCGCGGCGGCGGUGGGCAGUGCGGGCUCCGCCGUGGAGGUGCCGCCGCCGCCAGCGCCGCCGGGGCUGGGUCCGGCCGCCGCCGCGGGCUCGGCGGGCGGCGGGUGCGCGGGCGGCCCCGGGGCCGGGCAGCUGUGCUGCCUGCGGGAGGAGGGGGAGCGAUGCGGCCGCGCCGCCGGCAACGCCAGCUUCAGCAAGCGCAUCCAGAAGAGCAUUUCGCAGAAGAAGGUGAAGAUCGAGCUGGACAAGAGCGCAAGACAUCUGUACAUUUGUGACUUCCACAAAAAUUUAAUUCAGAGUGUGAGAAAUAGAAGAAAAAGGAAAGGGAGCGAUGAUGAUGGUGACUCACCAGUGCAAGACAUCGACACUCCAGAGGUUGAUUUAUAUCAGUUACAAGUAAACACACUUCGAAGGUACAAAAGACACUUCAAGCUACAGACCAGACCGGGACUUAACAAAGCACAGCUUGUUGAAAUAAUUGGCUGCCAUUUUAGGACAAUUCCAGUGAAUGAAAAGGACACCUUAACAUACUUCAUCUACUCGGUGAAGAAUGACAAGAAUAAACCAGAUCUAAAGAUGGAUAGUGGGGUUCAUUAGGCAGAAAAGAUUGGGACUGGGACUCAGGCUGCAAAUCAAAAGACUGAGGUUUUGUUGAUAUACAAAAGCUUUCUUUGUAACUUUUUCUCCUGAGAGAAUUUGCCUGUUUUAUUUUUCAUAACCUUGCUGAUUUGUUUGAAAACCAUCUCUUAUGAAACAAAUUUCCUCAACAAAAGUAUUUUAAAUAAAUAUCACUGAUAUUGUUGCUCA